AUGCCAAGCCAAGAUUUGAGAUGGAUACUACUAUUGCAAGAAUUUGAUCUUGAGAUCAAGGAUAGAAGAGGAGCAGAUAAUGGAGUAGCUGAUCACCUUUCAAGGAUGAGAGUUGAAGAAAAUCUACCUCUUGAUGAUAGGCUACCUGAAGAAACAGUUUAUGCAGCUGAAGCUAGCAAUAAGCAUGGACAACUAAGCCAUCACAGGCCAGGAACAAAGAUCUCAUCAUCAAACACACCAUGGUUUCGCCACAUAGCAAACUUCCUUGCAGCUGAAUACCCACCACCAAACUUCUUUGGCUACAGAAAGAAGAAAGUUUCUGCGUGA